AUGACCACCACCAGCAACGACCCCCUCUCCGCAGCCCUCGAAGCCAUCGACGCCCUACACGCCCUCGACCCAACCCAAACCCCAGACGGCACGCCCAACGAACUACACUAUGCCCGCAAAAUGACCGCCUGGCUUCACCGCCACACCCCCUCCCCAUCGCCCGUCCUCCAGCUCGCCAUCCGCGCCCAACACCUCCAGCGCUGGGAGGUGCCGCGCUCGACCUACCCGGAGGGCAAGGCGGGGUACUUCGCGUGGCGGACGGGCUUGGGCCGGCGACAGGCGGAAAUCGCGGAGCGGGUGUGCGUGGACAGCGGGAUCGCCCCGGAGGAGGCGCAGCGGGUGGGCGCGUUGAUCCGAAAGGAAGGGCUGCGGGCGGCGGACGAGGACGCGGAGGUGCGCGCUGUGGAGGACGUCGCGUGUCUUGUAUUUUUGGAGGAGCAGUUGGAGGGGUUUGAGGCGGGCGUGGAGGAGGAGAAGAUGGUGGGGAUUCUGAGGAAGACGUGGGGGAAGAUGUCGGGUAGGGGACGGGAGUUGGCGUUGAAUGAGUGGGGCUUAAAUUUAAGGGGGGGGAGGAUUCUUAAAGAUGAGGAAAAGAGGGGGCUGUUCUUUGGAAAUGUGUGA